UCCCGGCGUGUAUAAGUGGUCGUUUCCAGGCGCCAUUUCGUGUUCCUAGAGAGUGGAGAAGGAAGGGUUGCAUUCACAGUUAAUACGCACAAGCGGAACAGCUCGUUUUUCUCCUACACGUUUGUGGAGUAGCAAUUUUUGUUUAGAGAAUUGAUGCCAAGUGAAAUGGGAGAUCCAGCCAUGCAUAGAGACUCUUGUCCCUUGGACUGCAAGGUCUAUGUUGGUAACCUGGGUAACAAUGGUAAUAAAACAGAGCUGGAGCGCUCCUUUGGGUAUUACGGCCCUCUGCGCAGCGUGUGGGUGGCCAGAAACCCACCCGGCUUUGCUUUUGUGGAGUUUGAAGAUCCCCGUGAUGCGGCUGUUGCCGUUAGAGAGUGGAUGGAGGAAGAUCCCCGUGAUGCUGCUGAUGCCGUUAGAGAGCUGGAUGGAAGGACCCUGUGCGGAUGCAGGGUAAGGGUAGAGCUCUCUAAUGGGGAGAAGCGUACCCGCAACAGGGGACCGCCCCCGUCUUGGAGCAGACGUCCACGCGAUGACAAUCGGAGGAGGAGCCCGCCAGCGCGACGCAGAUCGCCUCGCAGGAGAAGCUUCAGCCGAAGCCGUAGCAGGUCUCUUUCCAGAGAUAGGAGGAGGGAGAGAUCCUUGUCCAGAGAAAGGAACCAUAAACCAUCACGCUCCUUUUCUAGAUCUCGCAGCCGUUCCAGGUCCAAUGAAAGGAAGUAGAGGAAGGAGUCAUGUCGACUUGUGUACAAAUCGUCACCCCUUAUUGAAAAUGUUUCACUUGUUAAUGACUUUAUGCUCUAGCUGGAGUUUUGCUGUUUUUUUUUUUUUUUAAUACAUGUUUUAGCUGUUUAAUUUGUUGUGAAACACAGGGUAACCAAGGACUUAAGUGGGAAGUCUGUAUAUAAAUGCUUUGUGAAGAUUUGAGAGUUGCUGUAACAUAAGCAGGAAAUGCUGUUAAUGAUAGGAAAAUUGACAUUCUGUGUUCAGACAACAUUUUAUAUCUUGCACAAAAUUAAAUGUUUUUCCAAAGCUACCAUGUUUGUAGAAGUUCUGUCCACAUUCUCCAUUCCAAGGAUUUAAAAAAAAAAAAAAAAAAAAUUCAAAGCUGUGGAGUGCUUAUCUGCGAGGACAGUAUGAAUGGAAAGCUACUUUUACUAUAGCAGGGUAAAAGCCACAGGGUGUUAAUAAACACUGUUGCUUUUCUGGUCUGGUAGAAUAGUUUUGGAUUUGAUCUGUACAGGGCCGUGUAGGUUUUAAAUUAUGCUUUGUAUCUGAAUCUUUGGAUGUGCAGCAGUUGGGGAUUUGAAGAUGUGUGUGAAGUUAAUCCUGGAGUGGAGUGUUGUAAUGAAAAAUGAACAGGAAUAGAAACGGAUGCCCUGACCACCAGAAAUGAAUUCCUAGCAAAUACUCUUAACUUGUAUUUUGUUUUUGUGGGGUUUUUUUUUUAAUGUGAAAUCAUUGCCGCUGUAGUGUUUAAAACUGUAACCUGACCUUCAAGCACCUUUAUUACAUGUCUUUUGCCUGUUAGGGUGACAGAUUUUGCUUCUAGAGCAGAGUAAUGAAGGUGAAAAUCUGCUUUGUAACUAUUCAGCCUUUUUGUUUGCUGUUUGUACUAUUUGUAAUGUUCUUUCAAUUAAACUUUGGUUACCGAAAGCUGUCUA